UGAACUCUGACUGAAUUAGAGUUGAGCUAAAAUUAACUCGCAUUGCCCAAGAGCGCGCUCACACACUGAAACCCUUCACUUCAGCUCGCGCCAGGACGCCGCGUGUCGGGCCAGCUUCGGACUUCCGCUGCUUCUCCACAAAGCGAGGAACUACAAUAAACAAACUGUACUGAACCCCCAAACUGAAGCCCGGAAUCAGAAAAUGACAUCUAAAAAGCAGAGUUUACUGAGAGAAGCGUCUCACCAGAUCACAGCGGGCGGGUCUGCAGGUCUUGUGGAGAUUUGCUUGAUGCACCCAUUGGAUGUUGUGAAGACCAGGUUUCAAAUCCAGAGAGGGAAGGCUGACCCAAAUAACUAUAAAGGCCUUGGAGACUGUUUCAGAACUAUAUUUCGUGCUGAGGGAGUGUACGGCUUCUACAAGGGAAUCCUUCCCCCCAUUUUGGCUGAGACCCCAAAAAGAGCAGUGAAGUUUUUUACCUUUGAGCAGUACAAGAAGCUGUUGAGCUUUACUCUUUUAUCACCCGGCAUGGCUCUCUCUGUGGCUGGCCUGGGGUCAGGGUUAACCGAGGCUCUGGUUGUAAAUCCAUUUGAAGUAGUGAAAGUGAGCCUACAGGCCAACAGGGAUUCAUUCAAAGUGCAACCGUCUUCAUUUGCACAGGCCAGAACGAUUAUAAACACAGACGGCUUCGGUCUCCGUGGACUUAAUAAGGGCCUGACCUCCACCCUAGGACGGCAUGGCGUUUUCAACAUGAUCUACUUUGGUUUCUACUUCAACGUUAAAGAUGCCAUACCUGCCAGUCAGGACCCUCGAUUGGAAUUCAUGAGGAAGUUUGCUAUCGGUUUGGUGUCAGGAACGGUCUCAUCGUGCGUGAACAUUCCUUUCGAUGUCGCUAAAAGCCGUAUCCAGGGUCCUCAGCCUGUUCCAGGGGAGAUCAAAUACCGCAGCUGUUUUCAGACCAUGGCUCUUGUGUACCGUGAGGAGGGAUAUCUUGCCUUAUACAAAGGACUGAUUCCCAAGAUAAUGAGACUUGGACCAGGAGGCGCAGUCAUGCUGUUGGUUUAUGAAUACGUAUCUGACUGGCUGCAAAAGAACUGGUGAUCAUCUGCACAUCACCAUCAGUCUAUACUCCAUCCCUUCCAGGUCGAUCAAACACAAUGCCAUGAUUGUUCCUCAACAAUCAACACUACCAACCACAUUCAAAAUCACAGCUCAGACAUGUGACAUGUAGACUCUCCAUCACAGAUGCUUUGCAACAGCACAGUCACUCCCUGGUUCUUGACAUUCCAAGUCUCGUUUAUAUAUAACAGAACACAACUACUGAGACAUCUGAGAGUUACCUGUCCGCAGGCCUGCAUAUGUAAUAGUAACCACAGCAGCUCUACACACCCUAACUGAAAAUACCAGACAGAAACAGCACCUCAUUUUUAACCUAUAUUCAGAAUUUUUGACUGAGCAAGACUGAAUUACAGUAAGCCUGAAGGAUGUGUCUGCUGUCUUCUGGAUGGCUUCCUUAGGACUUUGACUUUAUUAGAUUUGGUUGUAAAUCCGUCAUACUGUAUUUCAUUUUCCAUGUUGAAGCUAUUCAAAGCUCUCAAGGUCCCACUUCUCAAUAGCCGUGUCAACAGUGUUUCAAAUUCAAAGCACCCUUGAUAUACUUAACGCUUGAAAAUGUGUGAAGCAAAAUCAUAUUGGUAAAUUUAGACAUAAGCACAAAUUGAAUUAUAGGCAUUCAAAUGGAUUUCAAAAUCAUUUUUGAUAUACAAUAAUUGUAAAACUGUAAUUAUAACAACUUGUAGCCCAAAGUGGUUACAAGUAUUCAAGUAAUAGCUGUAUUUU